AUGAGCCCGGGCAGGAGGAUGAUGAGGUGUGGUGAGGCUCGAGUUUUUAUUCGAGUCCUGGAGGACAUUGGGCUGAACGCACCUUCCUCCUCCGGUGGUCCCGCGGCGGAGGAUGGCGCUGCUACAAAAGGGAGUAAGCCCCUUUUGCGGCCAACGAGCAUUCCCAAAGCGGCCGAGCUGGUGCGCGCGCCACUGAUGAGGAGAGGGUUGGAAAAGCAGCAGGCCACGACGCGGAAUCGCGAUGGCUCGGCGAGGUGCGGGGACGGGGCAGGACGCUGCAAGGAAGCCCGUCAUCAAUUUGAGAUGAAACAUGCCGCAUGGCGGCGAGCAGAGCGCCUGCGCGGCACAACCACACGUCUGGGACGUUUCGCUCUCGAACCCGCCCAGCGCGCUGCACCGGCGAACCACUCCACGCUCAUGCAUGAGGGGCCAUUCUUCAAACCAAGGAUGCUCUCCAGAGGUGUUAGUGGUGGUGAAAUGAGACUGCAUACGAACUGGCACGCGGCAGAGGCCAGACGACGAUGUGACACACGAAAGGUUUCUGCUCGUGGAUUAGUCAAAGACCGGACACAAAGAGCAUUCCCUGUCUAUAACAGUUGCUGGUAUUAUGACCAUGCGAUGAGGCGUUCCCGCCACUACAUUGAGGGCAUUGAUCAUGACGAAACAAGCAGUGGGCAGACGGAGCGGCGCUCAGCGGAUGAGCCCGUGUUCCUGGAACCUGCCCAGCUCAUCUCGGUGCUGCACUGCUGCACACUCCAUGUCCAACACAAACUGACGAGCUCGCCACAUGCGACACGUCUGCCGCCCACCGUCGCUCGCCAACGGUUGAAAUCCGGUUCGGUCGGUAGGAAUCCCUCCUGCCUCGACUGCUGUCCUUAUUCAGCCCACGACCAUAGUCCAAUUAUGCAAGGGACUUGGCCUCUUACAAGUGAGAACGACGCCUUGACUGAGCUGCUGACACUCGCCCGACUGGCGGUGACGGGGAGCUACGUGGCGGAACCUCGUCGUUGCUUUAGUGACUGCAGCCGAUGGUCUUUCGAAACGCCAUGCUUCCCCCACGCCGUUACAGUUCUUUUCCAGAAGCAUCGAAGAAUCAAUGUCCCAGCCGUGUGGUGGAGCCCGUCCGAUAGCGACGCGAAUCAUCCUCUCCUAAGUUGCGACCCGCUUGACUUUCGGUAUCUGCCUGAGUUUCUUUCUAAUAAUGAAGAGAAGCGCCGACUUGGGACCGAGCUACCAUCCUCCAUAUACCUAGCACCGAACACAACAUACGUUAUCUAUCUCAUGGCACAUUUACCAACGCCAAAUUUGCGGUACGAGACACAGACGGUUGAAGCAACGACCCGCCUGUACGGUUCGCUGCCGAAUGGAGCAGCGGAAAUUGAUCAUCGCGUCUCCGGUUCCAACUCCAUCAAAGUAAAUGACCUGGGAACGCACACUCGGCAGCAGUUCCCUUUGCACAGCAUUGUCUCUCGCGGGACCGAAUGUACGGGUACGAAAUGUAUCUUCAUUGCCAAGGGGUCAACCACACAGUGGCGACGAGCCUUCGACAUCCGUAACGGUCACCUAGUCGGCCCCAGAAAUCAUGCCAUGAUUCCUAAAUUAGGAAAGCGUUGGAUGCGCUUUGAAGGACGGCAACAGACCAUUCAGGCUCUGCCUAAAAAUGCGCUUCUGCAGAUCGCUAAACAUCCGAACCGCCUCAACCUCAUUCACUCGCCGCCAUUGUCGGAACUAAGAGCUACGACUCUAAUAAUACGUCUAGUGUUACGGUGCUUGCUUUGCAUAUAUGAUUCAGACUACAGAGCGCAGUUGUAUGAUUUGAGUUUAUUCCAAGGCUCACCCUUGGGAUCCAUACCCAGACUCCUAACUGCGGCUGCUGAUCAUGCAUCUGUGAUUCCUUCAGUCCAACGGCCUUCAGGGGUUCUUAAGAGGAUGAUCCUUAUGCAAACCGGUCUCGCCGAGCGAUAA